AGAGCCAGUCUGUAAAUACGGACCCUGCUGGCACCCAUCCCUCAAACACUGGCAUGCUGCCCCAGGGUCACCUCCAGCCAGCCUGGAUUUAUCCCUUUCCCCCUUCAGAUCUCUGAGCCCUGCUAACUCCUGCAUGAAGAGCCUUUUCCCCCUUAGAGACAGCAGGUCUGAUGCUGGUUUGACUGACCCAUAACCAAAAGACCCCACAUUCUACUGGUGACACCAGGCUUGGAGCUAGGUAUUGAUACAUUGGCCCUUCCCAUUUCUCCCCUCAUCAUUCCCUGACAGAGAAUAUUGCUUGUGUUCCUGAUGCCUUUAACCACUUGUCCCAAGGCCCUGAAGUCUCUCUCGGUUGCCCUUGGACUUCUUGCUGAACUUCAUCCCUGCCUACCUGACAAGUCAAUAGUGGAUAAGUGAGGGCUGUGCCAGGGUGGGAGGCUGCUUCUUCACAUCUUUAGCCCAGACCCCAGGGAGGCAGCCGAGCUCCCUGAGAAGUGGGUCAGCUGUGCAUGGUGGGCCUUUCUGCUCCCCUCAGAAGAGUUCUGUGACCGUGACCCGUCUUUUCUCCUCAUGGAAGUAGUUUUGACAGGACAUAGGCUGACUUAACCUCGGUGACUCCUCCAGCCAUGUCCUCAUUAUUGUUGGUUCCACAUGCAGAGCCUUGUGCCUGUUGUAGGUGGGACCUGGUGGGGUCAUCAUGGAGAAGACAUGCCUGCUGUGCUGUGCUGGAACCUGUCACCACUGCCCCCAUCCCUUCAGGUGUCAGAGGACAAGGCAGUCUGUGUUCAGCACGGACCUUCCCUGAGGAAAAUCAGGGAAGGAACUUGAGAAAAUAGGACUGUUAGAGGCAGUGGGCAGAGCGCCCAGGACCUGGGGCUUGUUCUUGAUGCUGCAGCCAGAAGGCAUCAGCUGGAUGAGCCGGGCACAGUGGCUGGAUUUACCCUGCAGUGUGGAAGCAAUGCAGCAGAAGGGCUCGUUGGGUUUCAUUCCUCCAGCAUGUUGGAUGCAGGGAGGACAUGGGAUUUGGACAGGCCACCUUGGCGAGCAAGAGCUGUCCUGGGGCCUGGUUCUGCCAUUUCAUGUGGACCAGGCAGUUGUUCAGUGGGGAAGCAGGAGCUGGGACCUGUGGAGUGAUGGCUCCAUGCUGUAAGAGCAAGUGAGGCUGAAUGGGGCUGGGGACCUGCUGCUUCCUGUCUCCAGGCUUUCUCCACCCAGGUCCAUGGGAGGGACUGGGGUUUCCCUGACAUCUUAUGUGCUCUUGGCCACCAGGAGAAGUCUGUGCUGCAAAUGGGUGCCCUGGAUGGUGAGGAGGCAAAUGGGAUGCUGUUGCAGGUACCAAACCUCCUCUGUCUCCAGAGAGAGCUCUGGGAUAGCAGCAGACACCUCCUGGAGCUGGAGCUGCAGGUGAGGGCCCCAAGCAGUGCUCCAUGUGCAGGCAGCAGGAAUGGGUGAAGGGAACCCGUCCCGUCGUCCCUGCUCUGGCACCCAAGGCUUGCUCUAUGAAAAGCAGGUGAAAGCCCAUCUAAAGCAACAUGCUCAAUGGUUGUGUGACUGCGGGGAACUUGUAUUUUUGAGAAAUAAAUGUUUUUAUAGGCAAAUCUUGGUCCUGUUUCUUUCUUUUUUCUCACCCAGCUUGCAUUGCUGGCCCUGGGGAGGGCGGUGCGCCAUCCUUGUUUCUGUCAGCAUGGAGCUCCACUGUCCUUGUAGUAAAUUCCAAAAGGAUUCAUAAAUGUCAGGCCAGCAAACAGCUGCACAACACUCCUGCUUCCUCUCCAGUCUCUUUGACUCAACAGGCAGCGAACUGGAGGUCCAUGAUCCCCCACCACUUCCUUCCGAGCAGAUGGAGUUUGCUGCUGGUGGCAGUAUUUGGGGUUGACACCUUGUGCAGCACAGCUGCACCAGCUCAUACUUUGUGACAAGGAUGGGUACGCAGGGAAAAUGCAAGCUCUGGAGCAGCCUGUGAAGGGUUUCCCAUGCUUGUACUGAGGGAAGCAGGUUGCUGUACAUGCAAGGCUCUCUGGGGUCUGUAGCCCACAUGUGCAGCACGUCUAGCUGUGAGCUUGUCAGUGCUGGAGCUUUGCAGGGCCCUGUGGUCCUUGGAGCUGUGGUGGAUGUGGAGGGUGGUGUCUGGAGGCCCUGCCUGCCUGCAGCAGGGGUUUGGUCACUGUGACAGCUGUGAAGGAGCAGCCAAGGUGGAAACCAUCCAUUGGCCCUCUUUGGCUGAUUUCCCUUUCAGGUCUCAUCUGCCAGAGCAGCAGAUGCUUCCUGGGUGCCCUGGUCUGACAGGGAAGAGUGGGGAAGACAUGGGAUGGAUUGAGCAAUCAUGGAUCCCUGCCAAGGCGCAGACACUGUCAGGCGUGGGAAGUGCUGAUCCUUCCCUCUGCCCCCGCCCUCCCACUCCACACUGCUUCGGGCUUGCUCUGUUUUGGCAGGAACCCACAUUCUCAUCACCCCUCUCCUCCCCUUGGCUCAGCUGCAGCGGCUCCUCCCGGCUCCUCUUCUCCUGCCGGCACCAGGAACAUUCCCCUGCAGGCUGUAGGACCGCUGCUUGGAAACCCAUCGCUGGAAGCAGAGAAGGGGCCCAGGGUGCUGCUGCUCCUGCAUGGAAGCUGCAUUCUCCCUGACUCUGCAUCCUCCCUGACCCCACUCUGACCAUCCCAUCUCAGGCUGGGCUGUGCCUGUGGGUCUGCCCAAGCUGUGAUGGUCACUUGCAGCAAGAGCCCUUCAUCCCUGCUCUGCUACCAGGGCAAAGCACGGACAUGCAGCCUGUGCCCCUGCACAGCCUUUCGGAGCUGGAGAGAGCCAGUCUGCAAGAGAUUGCCCUGUACCAGCUGCAGGAGAAGCUGCUCCUGGGAGAUCUGAGCCUGGCUAAAGCCAGACCUAAAGGCAGCAAAUCCAUCCGCCAGAAGCUGGAGAGCUUCUCGAAGGAGAAGAAGGACUGCUCCCCUCAGACCUUCGGGAUCCCGCUCUCCCAGGUCAUCGCCAAUGACCGAGUGCACCGGCAGCUGCAGGAGGCGGUGAGGAGCAGCCGCCGGCUCUGCCUGGAGGUGGAGGCGACCGUGAGGACAUUCCAGGCCCAGAGGCACCAGAGGAUGGGCAGGAGCCUCGUGCCCUGUGGGGCCCUCCCUAAGGAGCCGCUUCCCCCUGCUCUGCCCAGCAGCGAGUCCUGGCGCCAGCGGAGGGGCGCGAUGUCCGUGGACUCCAUCACUGACCUGAGUGACAACACCUCCAAGCUGCUGGAGGCUCUGCAGUUGUCACACCCACAUGAGCUGGGUCCAGGGAGGAGCCUGGGCAAGAAGAAGGUAUUGAGCCUCAACCCCAUCACCUGGCAGGUCCCACGGAUCGUGGACAGAUGCUGCAAACACAUUGAGAUGCAUGGGCUCCACACUGUGGGCAUCUUCCGAGUCGGGAGCUCCAAGAAAAGAGUUCAGCAGCUGAGGGAGGAGUUUGACCGAGGACUGGACGUGUUCCUGGAUGAGCAUCAAAGUGUUCACGAUGUGGCUGCUCUGCUCAAAGAGUUUCUUCGAGACAUGCCGGAUCCCCUGAUUCCCAGAGAGCUCUACUCAGCCUUCCUCAGCACAGCCUCCAUGGCGGGCACGGCCCAGCUGGGGGCGCUGCAGCUGCUGCUGUUCCUGCUGCCGCCGGGCCACAGCGACACCCUGCGGCGGCUCCUGCUCCUGCUGGCCGAGGUGGCGCGGCACGCGCGGGGCUCCCGCCGCCCCGACGGACGCGAGAUUCCUGGGAAUAAAAUGACAGUUUCAAACUUGGCCACGAUCUUUGGUCCCAACAUCCUGCAGAAAGAGAGGCCUGGAGAGAAAGACGCUGCUGCUAUGAGCUAUGAGGACAGCGCUGCCGUCAUACUGGUGCUCCAGAGGCUGAUUGAGCAUCACGAGACCCUGUUCAUGGUGUCCCCCGAAAUGCAGCAACACAUCCUCAGGAGGCUCUUCCAGACAGACCCCGACAUCAUCAAGUACCUGCUGCGCCGGAGGCUCCGUGCUGCGCCGAGCACAGAGAGUGAGGAUUCAAGAGAGGAGCACGCUCCAUCCCUGCUGCCAGAGUGCACCCGCAGCCUGGAGAACAGCUCUCUCUCAGCGGAGCUGUACAGCAGCAUCUCAUUCCUAAACCUGGACGUUGGCAUCUAGCAGUGCUGGGCCAGCCCCUCUGCACUGCGGACAGGACUGGGCAGCUGGGCAACCCUACUGCAUGAGCCACGUCCUCUGUGCCACGUCAGAGGAGUGGAGCUGUGACAGGAGCAUGAGCACCUGCUGGAGCCCCUUUGCCACCAGCGGACAACCCAAUGGCAUGCAGGCUGGAGAGCAGCAGGCUGGUGUCUGACAGACUGGGGGAUGCGACCUGGAGGUCCAAAACUGAUCCCAUCUGGUGUAGUUCCAGGCACUGGUCAGGCUGGCGGCUUACAGGGAUGGGGGAGCAAUAGCUUGGGGCCGAGCCCCGCUGUGCAGACGAGGAGGAUACUGUCCUGACACUGAGUGGAUGGGGAAUGUUAGCAGGGCAGUGAGGAUGGAAAAUGCAGCUGGGGGUUUGGGAUAUCACUUACCACGUGCUGUUGUGUGGAGAGAAAGCUCUCCUGGAGCUGGAGGAAUGCCCAUGGAGCUACAGGAACAGCAACCCCGGUGCAAAGACACCCCAGCCUGCUCCGUUCAGACUGAAUCACAGGUUUCUUCUUUGUUUUAACCCUAUUUAAAAUUGCUAAUGUUACAGAUAGUAAAACACUGUAUCAACCCCAAAAUACAUGGCUGGUGUAGCAGGAGAGCACAGUAUACUCUGACGACUAUAAACUUCAAUUUUGCUUAAAUUCAUAUUCAGUAGGUUAGACCUUCUGAUGUAUUUUACACA